AUGGAAGUGCUUUUUGAAAUAUAUUGCUUAACGGCAAAAAUAGGCGAACUUGCGCAGAAAAAAGAUAUAAAGAAACUUACGGUAAUAUUUCAGAAGGAACUGAAUUUAUCUGAAAUACGUAAAGCAGUAGAAAUUGCUCUGAUGCAGUUUGAACUAAAUGUAGAAAUUUUUGUCUCAGACGGUAUGACACUAAAAAAACAAAAUAAACGAAGAGAGUCAAGGGACGAAGCUUUAUAUAUCGAGAGAGGAAAUCGUUCUUAUGCGGAGCUUUUGAAAGCAGUUAAAGAAGAAGUACAUAAUAGAAACUUGAACAAUAAAAUAAAGGCAGCCCGAAUGACAAAGGCCGGAGAUUUGCUACUUACAAUGGAGCGAAAUAGCGGAGGAGCAGACGACAUAGCUAACGCAUUAAAAGAUAUAAACGGAGAAGGGAAGAUAAGAAAACUUGGGGGACAGGAACCACGAGCGGUCUUACACGUCAGAAAUAUCGACGCGGUCACAAGUAAAGAAGAGAUUGAAACAGCAGUGAAGUCACUUAUGGCCGGAAGCGAAACAGAUUAUGUUUCAGUCAGUAAUCUUCGUCCUGGUUUCCGAGAGACUCAGAUUGUAACCGUUCUAGUUGACAAAAAAACUGGUAAAAAACUUACGGAUAAGGGAAAUAUAAGAAUAGGAUUUGUAAGCUGCACCGUUAGGCAGAGAGUUAAUGUGCUAACAUGUUACAAAUGCUGGGGUAUUGGACACACGACGUGGCAAUGUAGCGGACCUGAUCGAUCCAAAUGCUGCAAAAACUGCGGAAAGGAGGGACACCAAAAGAAUAAAUGCACUGAGAAAUCUUACUGUUUAAUGUGUAGUGAAUCUGGUCACAGACUACACACCAUGCGUUGCCCAAGAUACCGAAGAGAUAUCACAAAAGGCGAUAUAGUGGGAACAGGCUAA